AUGACGCAGUUGCUGGAUGAACAGCGUAAAAACCAGCAGCUACGUGAUCGAAUCGACGCCCUGGAGACUCAACUCACUGCCAAAGACAAUGAAACUAGUAACAAGCUCCAAGAAGUGGAACGGGAACGAGAAACUCAGCUGCAAUCUAUCGAGAAACAGCAGGCUGAUGGUAUUAACGCGUUGGAGGAACAAGUUCGUCUUCAAGAGACUUCAAUUAUUCGCUUGAAACAAGAUAAAGAGCAGCUGAAAGCGGCGUUAAAACAGCUGAAGAAGACGACAAAACUAGAGGACAUGACGCGACUUCUCCAAGAGUUUUUAGCAGUGGUGGAGCGUUGGAAACAGACCACCAAGAAAGAGCUGCAACACUGCGAAGAUAUGAGCCAAUUACCUGCUUUAGUAAAGCAAAAAUGGCUUGAGUUCCCACAGCUUCCAGAGGUAUCUACACGACCACAGAGGGACAUCACAAGCGCUUUAUCUGAGCAGCAAUUGACACCUGGAACCGAAGAAGCUGACGCUGUUGUCUUCUUGAAAAAGAGACUGCGUCAACGAGAAGAAGAACUGCGACAGACCCAUGUCAAGUUCGGCGAGUUAAAGGAAAUCUGUGCUCGCCAAUGUGUCCGUGAGGCGGACCUGCAAAACUUUAUCAACGAACAUCGUCUGCGUGGCAACCUCGUUAUUCGCAAGAAUAGUAGCGACGUUAAGCAGCACGAGGUUAAUAACCAAGAACCGGUACAAGAGGAGCUUCCAGAUGAACGACGCAAUGGUAAACUCAAGAUGAUUUCGAGUCGAGGAACGAACACCCCGGCGCCUUAUGAGGAUCAGUUUGUCAAUGACGAAUACUCCGACAAUCAGGGAGAUAACGAUUAUGACAGGGAAGAGGUUGAGUAUCCUGUACGAACACCCAAGGUGUACGUCCAAGUAGGUCGCGAUGGAGUGUAUGACCAUGUGUCGUCUACAGACUCAGCAGUGGCUCAGAAGCUCGCAGCUGAUCGAAAACAGGGGAAACGGAAGACACAGCAGCGAGUGGAGCGGAUUCGAUUAGUACCGUCCCCAAGUCUGGCUCAGAGAUAUGAACGAGUACCCACACCGACUACUACAACGCGUAGGAAGAAAAAUACGCAGCACUUAUCGCAGUCGUCUUCACGACCUCAUGUGCUGGGCGAGUGUCCACCUGGAUGUGGCAGUCGUCCUUCCUUCAUGAACAGGAAAACAGCAACCCGAGCACAAGUGAAAACAACGAAGAGAUCGGUGUCUACAUCCACGUCCAGAGGAGCUGUCGGAGUAGUUCGUCCGUGGAUGUAA